AUGUCCUCUCUCAGCAACUCCAGUCCAGGGAACUGGAUCACUGGCAGUUAUACAGGCGACAGUAUUGGCGUCCGUAUCACCAUCGCAACAUUCAUCAGCGUCGCAUGGUACAACGUGAUUGAGCUAGUCGUGCUCAUUUUCCUAACCUUCAAACGCUAUGAAGGCGCCUAUUUUUGGAGCAUGCUGAUAGCCAGCGUUGGAAUCCUACCAUAUUCGGUCGGCUACCUGCUCAAAUUCUUUAAUCUGACGUCUGCCACUUGGGUGCCCGUCACGCUGUUAACAGUCGGUUGGUGGGCCAUGGUAACCGGCCAAUCAUUCGUGCUGCAUUCGCGCCUCCAUCUGGUGAUUCAGAACAUGCGCGUGCUGCGUAUGGUGAAAACCAUGAUCAUCACGAACAUUUUCCUGCUGCACGUGCCCACAACCGUCCUCACGUACGCGGCCAACUUCUCCAGCUCUGCAGCCUCGGUUGCCGGGUACGAUGUCAUGGAGAAGUUGCAGCUGACGGGCUUCUGUGUGCAGGAGGUUAUCAUAUCUGGGUUGUACAUGUGGGAAACGAAUCGCAUGCUGCGCUUAAAUCAGGACCAUGUCAGUCGUAAGACUAUCCUGCAGCUGCUCGCCGUCAACGUAUCUUGUAUCCUGAUGGAUAUCGCGUUGAUGAUUAUCGAGUUUAGGAACUUCUAUAUCUAUCAAACGACCCUCAAAGCCACACUUUACAGCAUCAAGCUAAAACUCGAAAUUGCGGUCCUCGGAAAACUGGUCAAUAUCGCUCACCAGCAUAUGUGGAGACCGGCGUCUUUCAACGCUGCCGGUGGGCAGUACCCAUCUUUCGUUGACCCGUGCCAUGCUUUGCACGAUUUCAGCCAUGCCGACUCUUCGGCUACCAGCUCGGCAUCCAAAGGCCGUGCGUCUGGAACCGAGGCCAUUGACGGCGACGUUUGA